CACGCAUUUCCCCGGCUCGGGCCCAGCUCCCGCCUCCGCAGAUACCGUACUUACCCCGGAGCACAUGCAUUUUGUCUCUCCAACCGCCACCCGCGAUCAUCGCAUCUCUCUUUUCCACGUCGCUGCGACUUGGUGAUGCGGUGAAUGUCCAUCGGCGACAGUCAACAUGGCAAUUCGUGAAGAUCUAGUCGCAUCUGCGGCGCAAUUCCUGCUAGACCCCAGCGUCGCUUCCUCCUCCGUCGAGAACCGCAUCUCCUUCCUACGAACCAAGAACCUGACCCAGGAAGAGAUUGACGCCGCAAUGUCUCGAGCUGGUGGCAAUGCGCCGCCUCCUCCCAGCGCUCCCUAUGCCAGCGCGCCUCCCCAAGGGCCUCCUGUUCCCCAGCAGUACUACCAACCCUACCCUCCUCAGGCUGCAUGGCAGCCGCCACCAGCCCCUCCUAGAAGGGACUGGAGGGACUGGUUCAUCAUGGCUACUGUAGUCAGCGGUGUCUCCUAUGGUCUCUACUCCCUCGGCAAGCGAUACGUGUACCCACUCGUCGCGCCUCCGACACCCGAGAAGCUGGAGCAGGAUAAGAAAUCGAUCGAGGAACAGUUCGACCGGGCAUUUACCCUUGUGGAGCAGCUCGCCCAAGACACCGAGGAUCUCAAGAAGGCCGAGCAGGAAAGGACGGAAAAGCUUGACAGUGCGAUUUCGGAGCUGGAGACGGUCAUGACUGAUUUGAAGGCGGCCAACCGACGACGCGAGGACGACUCGCAACGCAUCCGAGACGAGGUGCAAUCCCUUAAGGACGCGAUCCCCAAGGCUCUGGACAACCAGAAGCAGCUUACGGAUGACCGGCUCAAGGAGAUCAACAGCGAAUUGACUAGCCUGAAGACUCUCGUCUCCCAGCGAAUGGCUCCCAGCAGCACACCGGCCCCGAUCAGUUCGCCGAGCUUCCUCCGGGGCACAAGCGGAAGCGUGACCCCGGCGCCGGCCACGUCAACCGUCGCGACCAGCGCUACCCCGGCCACCAACGGAGAGAAGUCCGCCGAGGCCGCCAGUUCCGCUCCUACCACUCCUGCCGUCACCACCCCUGUGCCCAAGACCACUGGCAGCCACUUCAACCGGGCUUCUACUGCGGGACUAGGAUCCUCCACCGGCAAGGCGUCAAUUCCGGCGUGGCAGAUGGCCAUGGCCAAGCAGAACGACACAUCGUCCACGCAGGUCAAGGCUGACGAACCCGCAGCGGGCGGUAGCAGCAGCAGCUCAUAAGAGUACAUUUGUUAAGAGAAGUUGCUUGUAUUAUUUACCUAUGUAUCUAGAUCCUCGGGGUUUUUGUAUCCGGAAUAAUGGGGGUGAAUUGUUAUGGUGUUCAUUUGUCGGACUUGGUGUUUAGCAUGCAACCAUUUAUUUUUGUUGUCGGCUAUAUCCGUGCCACUACCUCUCAUGCGAAACCAUGGACUUUGAUAUGAUGACCCAUCGUAGUCUCUCGGUUCGCAUUAAGGGCUGGAGAGUAAAUAUUACGUGUUCGGCUUAGGCAUCAUGAUCAGUACGAGACAAACGCCUCACCUCGAACAAGUCGCGGUGAUUGCACAGAGCCGAAACAUUGACAAUGCGAAUUUGUUUAAAUAGAGGACAUUGCGUUGGAUUAGUGCUUUUGUAUGCAUUUUCUAACAUGCCGAUCUCAG